AUGGAGACGGCAGCAAGGCGUGACCACAGAUGGGGGCGUAUCGCAAGGUUCGAUCAAGUUUCAACAUGCACCGCUGAAGAUGGGCUGAAGUGGGCUAUUGGGCAUCCUCAUCUCUCGCCGUUGUCCACAGACUACGGAUACACUCGAAACCUCUAUGUAGGGAACGAUUUGGCUGUCCAGCCUCACCAGCGCCCUUGGAGUCGGGACGCUUUCGUCCAGAUCAACAUACGAGUGACCAGAAACGCAUCUGCACAGCCAAGCUCGCCAGUCACCAGUGACAUCUAUUCUCACGAUACCGCAUUGCACAGCAUUACUCCGUACCAUGCCAUCAUACCUACACAGCACAGCACAGCACAGCACAGCAUAGCAUAG